CACAUCACUGAAUUUGACAGAUGAAUCGGCGUUCUGUAGAAAAUUGUAAACAAACGCCGAUUCAUGUGAAUCUGUUCAGAAAUUUAUUUGAAAGAAAAAAUAUAUAUCAGAAAUCAAUAAAAAUGACACCACAGCCGCAGUCAGAAUUAGUAGAGCAAGUACAAGCUCACAUGAUAAUCAUCAUUCAUCCAGGAUCGUUGAAUUUGCGAAUUGGAAGAGCGUCAGAUGUAAAUCCACAUCGAAUAUUAAAUGCAAUCGCCCGGCGUCGAAAGACCAAUGGCAAAAUCUAUCGAGAUACAGUUCUACCAGGCACUGUUAUAAAGAGUAAAGAACUGGUUCAAGAGCUCGAAGAAUGUCGACUACAAAUCAGUCACACGUUACAAUCAAAUUUACAAUCGGAUGGUCGUCGACGGUAUGCUACGCCACCGCAGCAGAUUUCUGCUUUCAACAGGCGUUCAACGCCAGAAAUUCUUGACAAUACAGUGAAGCCAUAUUAUAAACCAACUGAUUUGAAUGUUGUAAUUGGCGACGAUGUCCUCAAAUUGAAUCCAAAUGGAGAUUUUAAUUUACAUUUCCCGAUCAGACGCGGUGAUUUCAAUUUGCAUGGCGGAGUUGGGGGAAGUAUUACUGCUGUGAUCGCCGACUUACAAGAGAUUUGGGAAUAUGUCUUAAAAACGCACCUCAAAAUUCCACUUGGGGAUUUGCACUUGUAUAAGGCAGUUUUAAUAGUUCCGGAUAUUUACAAUCGCGGCCAUUUGAGAGAAUUGAUGAACCUCCUUCUAUUGAAAAUGGGUUUCGGCAGUUGUUUUUUAGUUCAAGAUCACGUUGCUGCUACAUUCGGAGCCGGCCUUGGUUAUGCAUGCGUAGUUGAUGUUGGUGAUCAAAAAACAUCAGUUUCGUGCGUUGAAGACGGAAUAUCACAUCCAAGUACAAGAGUUCGACUUGAGUACGGUGGCGCUGAUGUUACUCAAGCAUUUCAAUGGCUGUUGAAAAAAUGUGCAUUUCCGUACAAAGAGUACGACGAACGUAAUCCACUUGAUGCAAUGCUCUUAAGGCAAUUGAAAGAAGAUUUUUGCCACGUCAAUUUGGACAUUUGUGGGCCGACUGAGAAAGAGUUUGUGAUUGAUCAUAACAAUAAAAUAAUGUCCAAAUACACGCUUCAAGUUGGUGAUGAAUGCAUUGUCGCGCCACUCAGUUUAUUCCACACUGAACUACUCAAUAUAACUGGACCAGGGAAAUUGGCAAAAGUUCAAAAACCGGCACGAAAUCAGCCAGACGCAGAAGAUUGCUUCGAUGCAGAAUAUCUUCGCGAAACUGGCCGAAAGGGGGCACGAGAGCAAUUGGACCAAAACCAAUCUGAAAUGGGUGGAUUGAAUACAGAUAAUGUUGAUGAAGACAUUGUGGUUGACACGCUUGAAGUUGAGCAACGCGAUACGAAAGACAAAGAAUUUGUUCUCCCUGGGGGACAAAUAAUUGGCUUGGAUCAAGCCAUUUUGCAGAGCAUUGAACGGUGUCCAAACGAUGAACUAAGAAGAAAAAUGUACGGAUGUAUUUUGGUUGUGGGUGGCGGCAUGAAAUUCGUUGGAAUCGGAAAAUGGCUCCACAAUCGCGUGGGCUUGCAGAUACCAUAUUUGUAUCGAUCUGAGCAACUUGAUAUUGUGACUAGUCCAAAAGACAUGGAUUCAGAUAUCACAUCGUGGAAAGGCGGAGCAGUAAUGUCAUGUUUGGAAAGUGCUUCCGAGCUAUGGAUUGCAAAUACCGAAUGGUACAAAGGUGGAGUACGCAUUCUAAGAGAAAAAGCACCAUUCAUGUGGUAGAGCUUAGAUUAUUGUUUAGUUUGUGGAUUAAUUGAAAUAUAUAUUGUUGGUAUGCUAAAGUGCGUUUUUCAAUCACUACUUAGCCAACUUCCCGUAUGAGUUAUUAUGACAUCGGAUUGAGUUUAUUUCAAAAUAAAACACAUAUUCAGUACAGAUAUCAAAAUAACAGAUAAUAAAAUUCAAGUCAAUUUUGUCACACAAUUUUACUUAAAUUGUAAAUUAAAUGGAAAUGAAAUGUUAUCUAAUCAACAGCUCAGUAAGAGAAAACGCCAAUUAUAUUA